ACCUGUGUAUUGGCAACCCAAUUACCAGCCAAACCAGUUUACCACCAACCAAUUUACAACUGGUGUCAGGCACCCCUCUGCAACAAGGCACUUGUAUGACUUUCCCCGAACCAACCCGAACCCAGUCAAUCCACCUCCAAACCCCUCACCUGCAAACCCACCUUUAGCAGACCAAGUUAUAGAUAUGAGACCCCUGGUGCCUGUGAUUGAGAAUGGGGAUUUAAAGGCUUUAACAGAGAUAGUGAAAUGCAAUCCAGAGAGUCUUUUUGUACCAAAUGAGGAUGGAUGGAUUUCUCUACAUGAAGCUGCAUAUUACGGUCAAGAAGAAUGCCUCAAGAUUAUAUUAAGAGCCCAUCCUGGCAUGGUGAACACAUGUGGUACACACAAUCAGACCCCACUUCUUUUGGCUGCCAUCUUUCACCAUGUGAACUGUGUGGAGUGCCUUCUGGACAGAGGUGCCAAUCCCGAAAUUGCCAAUAAGGACGGAGAAACACCACUCUUCAAAGCUUGUGGGAAGCCCAAUGCGGAGAUUGUAGACCACCUCCUAAAGUAUGGAGCCUCAGUGCACAAGGCUUGCGUUCGGGGUGUGACACCUCUCCAUGAAGCAGCUGGGCAUGAUAACGUGGAAAUUUGCCAGAUGUUGUUGGAUGCCGGGGCCAAGAUGAAUGCAGCCAAUAUCUAUGGGAUAGACCCGUUCUUUACGGCAGCACAGAAUGGGGGAGUGAAGGUGUUGUCCUUCCUGAUUAGCAAAGGCGCUGAUAUGAACUGCCAGGCAUGUGAUGGGGCAACACCCUUGUACGAGGCAAGUAAGAAUGGUCACAAGGAAGUUGUGGAACUGCUUCUAUCUCAGAAAGCAGAUGCAAACCGAACAACCAAGUCUGGCCUCCUGCCUCUUCAUGUUGCUGUCCGGAAAGGACAUUUUGACAUUAUGUCCAUGCUGAUCCCUGCCACAAGCAAGGCCAAAGUUCAAUGCAGUGGCAUCAGUCCCCUCCACCUGGCUGCUGAGCACAACAGGGACUGGAUCCUAGAGGUGCUUAUCAAGAGAGGCUAUGACGUCAAUCUCCAGCUGGCAGAAGACCGAUCCAAAAUGUAUGAGGACCGUCGCAGCACAGCGCUCUACUUCGCUGUCGCCAACAACAACCUAGAGGCCACCGAAAUGCUUCUGGAGGCCGGCGCUAACCCCAACCUUGACAUGUUCAACCCUCUUCUUAUCGCUGUGAGGCGGGGUUGCAUGGAAAUGAUCACAGUGCUGGUGGAGCACGGAGCUAACAUGAAUGCGUCCAUCCUCACACACCCCUGCUCCUUCCCGGCAGUGGUCAUGCUCGGUAUGAAGUAUCUGCCAAUCCUGAAGUAUCUGAUGGACAAUGGCUGCGAUGCCCUUUCCUGUUUCGACUGCACAUAUGGCAGCAAUCCACACCCACCCCUGAAAACGUCAAGUAGUGGCAGGGGCAGGGGCAGAGACUUCAGCGAGGACGAGGACGAAGCUCCAAUCAACACGUGCGUCCAGUUCUGUGAGGCGAUUUCCGAUCCGACAAUAAGCCUCUGGGCAGGACCCAUCAUAGACAUGCUCCUGGAUUAUGUUGGCCAUGUGAAACUCUGCUCCCGGCUGAUCGAGCACCUGGAUAGCUACCAUGACUGGGCAGGGAUCAAGGUGAAAGCAAUGCCACCACAUUCACUGAUGCAGCUGUGCAGGCUGAAGAUCCAUCAGCAGGUUGGAAUCCCCAGACUGAGGCACAUCAACACCCUGCCCCUCCCACCAAUACUAAUCAAGUUCCUCAACUAUAAUAAGGGAGAUUGUCUGAAUGUCUAGGAAUUAAUUUUUCAUUUGUUGAUUCUAAGUCCACAAAUUCCAUGAAUCGUCUCCAAUAAAUGUGAUUUUUGUUGUAUAUUGUAAGCCAGUUGAGAUGUAUCUUUGCACAGUUGCAUACUGUUUAAUAGGCAUGAUUUUAUAUUACAAUGGCAAGAGUAACAUUUUAAUGAACCUAUUGUAAAUUGUGUGGAUACAUUUAAUAUUUUAGAGGUACACUCAGAAAAAAAGGGUUACUCGGCUGUCCCCAUAGCAGAACCCUUUAAAGAACCCUUUUUGG